UUCUGGAGCGUGUCCGUGACGUGUCCGACACCAGCGGACACCAGGCUGCUUCAUAUGAAAUGCUAACUGGACGACGACGUCACUGGAGACGAUCGGUUGACUCGAGGAAAGCUUAUCAGUAUUAUCAAUAUCAUGGUAGGCCGGCUCAAUACCAGGUCUCUUCGUUCCCGUUUGAUAGCUCCAGUUAUGGUGUACUCUAUCAUGGGCCCGGAGCUCCUUUGCGUUGUAGAGGCAUAUUACAAUGGGCAGAGUCUCAUCGUGCGCAAGUCAAGACUGUAUGGCAUGAGGGAAUAUAAUCCAGGACAAUUGGAUUUACUCACCAGGUGGUGGUUGGGAUUUGCAAUUGGAGAAACUACGGAAGCUGCCAAUGAUUUUGACUGCUGAUUAUGUCUACAGAAAGCUGGGUGACAUUUCUAAUGACUGGAUGGUUGCUUUAGUUAUCGCGGUGC